AUGCGUUUUACCUCAAGAUCACAUGGGACGAAGCCCGGCGCAAACAGCGUCAUAGCUGUCCUGCUGCUGGCGCUGAACCCUUUCACCAUGGCCUACAAAUUAGACCCUAAUUCGACCACCUCAGUCAAAUCCAUCUCCAAAUCAAUCGCCAAGGACAUGGUUGCUAUGUACCAUGGGCAUGAACCUGGCGGAACGCCCGGUUUACUACCUGAACCUUAUUACUGGUGGUAUGCCGGAGCCUUUAUGGGAACACUUGUUGACUAUUGGGCAUACACUGGUGAUGAUCAAUAUGUCAAUCUCACUAAGCAGGCACUCUUAUUCCAGGUCGGUGACCAUGAUGAUUACAUGCCUAUAAACCAGACAAGAACCGAAGGAAAUGACGACCAGGGCUUCUGGGCACUCACCGUAAUGUCUGCUGCCGAGUAUAACUUCCCUCAUCCCGAACCUGAUGAGCCACAAUGGCUUGGACUUGCCCAAGCUGUUUUCAACACCCAAGCUGCUCGUUGGGACACAGAGCACUGUAAUGGCGGGUUGAAAUGGCAGAUAUUUGAGUGGAAUAAAGGUUACGAUUACAAAAACUCGAUUUCCCAGGCUUGCUUCUUCGCCUUGGGCGCGCGUCUGGCUCUUUUCACUGGCAACAACAGCUAUGCCGAUUGGGCCGACAAAACCUGGGACUGGAUGAUCGGGACCGAAUUUAUUGAUCCAAAGACUUGGUAUGUUUAUGAUGGUGCCCACAUCUACAACAACUGUACCAAAUUAGUACCUUACCAGUUUUCCUACAACGCGGGCGGCAUGAUUCUUGGUGCUGCUGCCAUGUACAAUCAUACAGAAAAUCAGGUCUGGAAAGAUCGUCUGGACAACCUCCUUGAAGGUGUCAAGGUUUUCUUCACGGGGCCCCAGAAGAACAUCAUGACAGAAGUCGCAUGUGAGUCUGUAAAGCUCUGCAAUCUGGACCAGAAGUCAUUCAAGGCAUAUCUAAGCCGCUGGCUGGCCGUUACUACUCAAUGGGCACCUUACACUCACGACUUUAUCAUGCCACUUUUACGCGCCUCGGCCGUCGCAGCCAACGAUGUAUGCACCGGAGGUGAGAACGGACGGAUGUGUGGUCUUUACUGGACCAAGGACAAGUUUGAAGGUGAUGUUACAGUGGGCCAGCAGAUGGCGGCAUUAGAAGUCACACUUGCUUGCAUGAUUCAAGACCGACCUGCUCCAUUGACGAAGAACACUGGAGGAACAAGCAAGCCUAAUCCUGGUGGCGGUUCCGCAGAUAUUGGACGAACAGUUCCAGAUUUGUCGUACGACCCUCUUCCUGCAGGCGAUAAAGCCGGAGCUGCUAUCCUUACCGCUUUGGUUAUCACUGGCCUCAUUGCCCUCAUGCUAUGGAUAUUCUUGGAUGAGACUUCGGACAGGGGCCCAAUCGAUCAGGUCCGGAACUUUGGAUCAUCAGCUACAGCAGAAUUGGGCGCUAAGAAACACAAAGGUAUCGACGAGAAGAAUACAGCAGUAUUCCAAAAUAAUGACAGUUCCCAAGAGAGCAGCUUUAGGCGCGCUGCCGAUGAUAUAACGUAUGGAGGUGCCCCUAACGGUCAAGGCUAUGCGCACCGUCGAGUAUCUAGCAUGCCGUUGGGUUGGCCACAGCACGCAGCGAGAGCAAGUGCCACAUACGAUUCUGACAGGAUUUAUCCCCUUUCGGCUUCAGAUGUUCAGGUUCGAGGACAAUGA